AUGUCGUCGCUUAGUCUUCGGUUGAACGAAAGGAUUUGGCUACGUAUAUGUGUUCUCAUGUUCCUGUUUAUUUUCAUUGACGGUUUGUUCAUGGAUUCCGAAAAUCGACUUCUCGUCAACACGAAAUGGGGUCUCUUUCACGGCAAGUGGAGCAGGACUAUACGCAAUCGGUCAGUCGCGAAUUUUCUCGGCAUACCAUAUGCUCUGCCCCCGAUAGGUGAUUUGAGAUUCAGAAGCCCGCAACGAUGGAAUCACACGUGGACAAAGGUUCGCAACGCUACGGUCGAUGGGCAAAAAUGCAUUCAAACUGAUAUAAAAACUUUCAAAAUUGUCGGUAGUGAGGAUUGUCUUUAUCUAAACAUCUUCAUUCCCUAUACUUUAGACCGGCAGAAAUCGACGAAACUACCGGUUUUAGUCUUUGUGCAUGGGGGUGCAUAUGUAACAGGAAGUAGCGAUAGUAAUCUGUAUGCGCCGGAUUAUUUGUUGGAGCAGGAUAUAAUCCUUAUCACGCUGAAUUAUCGACUUUCUGUUUUAGGGUUUUUCAGCACAACGAAUCAAGUCGCGCCAGGUAAUUACGGUCUUAAAGAUAUAAAAAUGGCUCUCGAAUGGAUACAAGAGAAUAUUCACAGCUUCGACGGGAAUCCUGAAUCGGUGACCCUUAUGGGACACAGUUCCGGUGCAGCGGCGACUCAUGUUCUUGCUCUGUCAAAGAAAACCGAGAGACUCUUUCACAGAUACAUUUUAUUAGGGAGUUCCACUUUAAGUCCAUUCAGCAUUCACCCUCCAAAAAGAUAUAGACAAGUAUGUCUGAAAUUGGCAAAACUUGUUGGCUGCCUGUUGAAAAAAGACGAUGACAUAAUUACGCCGAAUGAAACACUUAUCUUCGAUCUGACCACAGAAGACAUUUUAUAUCCGGGUUAUAAAGUAAAAAACGACGAAGAGAUAAUGAAAUGCAUGAGAACGAUUGAUGCGAAAAGAUUAGAAGCGAUGACGCAUUCUUUCUUUGUUUGGAGGUCACAUCCGUGGUAUAACUUUGGUCCUACAUUGGAAGAUGACUCAGAGGACGCCAUUAUGACUGUGCAUCCAAUAAAAACAAUAAAGGCCGGACUGUUUCGCGAUAUACCGGCGAUAAUACAAGUCGUGAAGGACGAGGGUUUAGUAAAGACACUCGAAUUAAUCAUAGAUCCCGACGCCGAGGACGAAUUAAUGAUGAAUUUCGAAAAAUAUUUGCCUUACUUUACGGAGUGCCACGAAGUGAUUUCCAACACUACCGUUUUCGCUUCUGCAAUAGAAGAUUUUUAUUUUAACGGAAAUGUGAUGUUGGGUCUUAUGAAUAAUAUUACAGAGAUGUUGAGUGAUGCUAUAAUAUGGCCGAUAAUUCAAACUGUACAAUAUCAGUCAAAUCUAGGAAACGCCAGCAUUUACUUUUCCUUCUUCGCGUACGUAGGCACAUUUUCGAACACCUUCGCUUCAGGAGUCCCCGUUGCUUAUGCUGUUUCACAUGGCGACGAAUUAAACUACUUAUUUCCUAUAUUGAAUAAUAUGUACAAAAAUAUGUUAUUGUACAAUACACAGAACGAUAUUACUAUGAUUAACAUCAUAACAGAGAUGUGGACAAGUUUCGUGAUAAAUGGAAUCCCGAAAGCAUGGCAGAUCCCGGAAUGGCCCAACUACCGCAAUCAUCAGUUCAUGAGAUUCGGGAUUGACAGAUCGCCGGAAACUGUGGUGCAAGCUGAUUUCCUGCCUAACAGAAUGAAAUUUUGGGAGAAACUGAUGAACGAAUCAGUGGAAUCGACGAACGACGUGUUUGUUAGCGAACUACCGGAAGACAUAAUUAUCAAUAAUAACGCUAACGCAAUCGAUUAUAGGUUAACAGUUCAGUUCGCAUCAUUAGUGAUAAUUUUUAUUUAUGUAUGAAUAAAGUUACUAUCUACGCUCGCGAAAAUAAACUAUAACGAAAAUACGAUGAUUCGCAUAAGCUAUAAACUGAUAUUGAGCAGGUUUUUCCACGCAUCUUGUCACAUAUGUUUAUUAUUUAAAUGAUAUUUCCACUCGGGCGAU